ACUACUCAGAAAAGCAUACAAGAUGUGACAGGGGAGAGGAAUGGUUUUCAGAAUGUCAGAUUUUUUAGCAAUUUUUCGUUAACUUUUUAUGUAGUUUAUGAUUAAAUGACAGUAAUGAUUUUAAAUAUUGUGUGAACAACAGCAGAUUAUUGCACAAUGAAUUUCGCGAUUUAUUGUUGUUUAAGUGAAUUAACUAUAUCACAAACCUGGCGUACCGGUGUGUUGCUGCCCUAACAAUGUUCGCUAUAUUACCGAUUGUAUUCAAAGUGGAUUUAACUUCCACGAAGCUUAAAUGGAAAGGAUGAACUGGUUUGCUCGUAUAAUAGCUUACCAUCCAUAUGUAAUUCUAAUUGGGGUUGCUGUAUUUGCGGCGACAUGUAUUGUCAUUCCAGUCACAACAAGAAAACCUCCAGAUUUCUCUGAUCCUACUUCGGGAUUUCAGUCAAGGGGGACAGUUUUAUCCCAGAGAAUAACAGCAUGGAUUAAUCUGAAAGAUGCAACAAGACCAUCUGGACCACUCUCAGUAAAUCCAAAAGGUGACACUGUUGACUUAAGAGAAAUAUCAAAGAUAAGGAGACAUCGGCAGCAUCAUAAGGGUCAGAAGGUCAACAGAACUGAAAUUAACAGAAACGUUAUAGCUAAAGUGAUUUAUUCAGCUGAUGAAAGUACAUACAAUGCAAAUGAAAUACCAGAUAAACUUGAGGACUCAGGAAAAAUUUCUGCAGUGUAUUCAGUGUUUGUGCAGAAUGAACAUCAAAUUGAGACAGAACCACCAGUGGAAGAUGAAUGGGAAACAUUAACUCACUUGGGAGAAGAUCCUAAGAGACAUGGAAGUGGCAGUGAUCAUAAAAAUCAUGUGCACUUGGCUAGUGAUGGUUUUUUCUGUUCUGCUCCAAAUAUUGAAUUCUCACGGGUUGUACUCAGCUCAUUGGGUGAGAGUGGCUUGUUUAACUGGGAAUCAAUUCUAUCUAUGUGCCGAAUUGAGAAGCGACUUACUGAAGGCGAAGAGUUUGAAAAACUAUGUGAAAAAGUUUCAGAUGAAAAAUGUUGCCCUGCAUGGUCCCUAGGAAAUUAUAUAGCUCUUCUCCACAAUAAAUCUUCAUGCUUCAAUAUUACGGAGAACGAUGUGAAUUUAACUUUGGCACUUCUGCAAUACUGUGCUCCUUAUUUCUAUAAUUUAAUGUUAACGCCUGAGUGUACAGAGGAAAGAAAUGAAAUAUGUCAACAAGUGCCUCCGCAAUGCAGCCAGCAUAAUGCUGUUUAUAAUAUACUGUAUUACCUUGUGGAUGCUUCAUUUUUACCACCAAAUAAAAGUGUCAGCACACUGGACAAUGCAAUGCUAAUUCUGCCAUUUGGACGAAGCAGUGACACACUGGACUACUAUAGAAAGAUUGACAGUGCAUCAUUACAGUAUCAGGAUAUUAAAGUUACUGCUAUGGAAUUAGGUUUGAAGAAUACAUUGUUUGACAUGUAUCUCGUUCAAGACACAUACUUAGUAGGAGCAGGUGCAUUAUUUGUGCUCCUCUGCAUGUGGGCAUACACUCACUCAUUGUUUGUCACAUUUAUGACAGUUGUGGCAAUAUUAUUUUCACUGGGAAUCUCAUACUUUGUGUACACACUAGUUUUUGAGUUAGAGUUUUUUCCAUUCAUGAACAUUCUUGCAAGUGUUGUCGCUGUUGGUAUUGGGGCUGACGAUGCGUUUAUAUUCUGCAAAAUGUGGCAAUGUAUUAAAGCAGAGAGAAACAGCUGGACAGUGGUGAAAUUAAUGGAGGAAGCAUUGUCUAAUGCGGCACUAUCAAUGUUUGUAACAUCUCUUACAACUGCAGCUGCUUUUUACACCUCGUGUGUGAGCUACAUAACAGCAAUAAGGUGUUUUAGUAUUUUUGCAGGCACUGCAACAUUGGCAAAUUUUGGGAUGAUGGUUACUUGGCUACCUGCUAGUGUUGUGGUGUCAGAAUACUGGUGCUGUAGAUCUAGGUUUCCCUUUCGGUGGCUGAGAUCAGAAAAUGUGUGUUCCUGUGGUGGAAGAUUUUUGUCUUUUGACAAACUGGUCGUUACAGUUGUUUUGAAAUUUAAAUACAUGUGGCUCACAAUGUUAGGCAUUUUGGCGUUAAUAAGUGUUGUUAUUGUAUUCUGGUGGCCACGUUUUAGUCUUCCAGACACAAGAGACUUCCAGCUGUUUGACAGCAGCCAUCCAUUUGAACAGUAUGAGUUGUACUACUCAGAGAAAUUCCUUUUCGAAAGAAUUAACAAGGUGGGCAUCAACACAAAACUGCCAUUGCGCUUUGUGUGGGGGAUAUUACCAGUAGAUAAUGGUGUCUCCCUCUUCAGAUGAAACCCAGUAGCUGUGCAGUAAGUAACAUGAAUGUAUUGCGAAAAGAAGUUGUUGUUGUUUCCCUGUGCAGAUAAAACCCAGUAGCUGUGAAAUAAAUAACAUGAAUGUAUUGUGGACAUAAGUUGUUGUUUCCCUCUUCAGAUAAAACCCAGUAGCUGUGAAGUAAAUAACAUGAAUGUAUUGUGGAAAGAAGUUAUUGUUGUUCCCCUCUUCAGAUAAAGCCCAGUAGCUGUGAAAUAAAUAACCUGAAUGUAUUGUGGAAACGUCUUAUUGUUGGGUGGUGUAUAACAAAAUGAAAUUCAAAUCAUAAUCCCCGACGUAAUUCAGAUCAGACCUUUGUACGUGGACAUUCAUAUGUAAAUACUUAUGGCCUAAUGUGUAUAUUGUCUAUGUUUUGUGGGAACAAAAUACAAAAACUAAUAUUAAAGCUGUGUAUGUAUUUUUGAACAAAUUCCACACUUGCUGUUCAUUUUGGUUGUGUGUAUACAUGUUGUUAAUGAGGAAACUAUUCCCAUGUGUUACAUGUUUAAAUGUGUAAUGUAACUUUUGGAUGUAACAUUGAAUUGUAGUAAGUGUUCUCUGUAAUUGAAAUACCAAAUUGUAAUGAAUGUUAUGAAGCUGUUGGAGAAAAAUUAUGUAAUAUGGGCGUUACAAUCAUCAGUUUCCUUAAUUAAGGGCUACAUAUGGAUACAAACAGAUUUAUUUAUUUAUUUAUUUAAACAAAAGCCGUAUUUUGUCGUCUUUUAUAAACUGACGUUAAAUGUGUUACAUGGUAACUUUGAAAGCCUGUGGUGCUAAAAUAUACCAGAAACAAAACUA